UUAUCCUCAUUUUUUUUUUCUUUUUUUUUUUUUCUCUUUGAAAUCAACCAGCUAAGACCCAAAGAAGAAAACCCACUUUCCUCGAAAGUUAGCUUUUAAAGCUCGAAACUUUACCUCGAAUCUCGAAUCUUGAAUCUUGAUUGUUGAUGGCCAUGGAGAACUCAAAAAUGGAGAUUUUGAGAAGUAAUGAAGGCGACGAGAGCAAUGAUUUGGUAGCAGAAAUGAUCGAAAUUAUUGAAACAGUGGGAUCUUACAUGGGGUUUCGAAGAACACAGAGAAAAGAGUGUUUAAAGCUCGUAAGAAGAUUGAAGCUUUUGAUCCCACUUUUUGAAGAAAUCAAAGAGAUGAAUCAAUCAAUUCCCACAAGGGCAUUUCAAUCUUUCGUCACUUUGAAGAAGGCACUUCUUUCUGCAAAGAAAUUGCUAAAGCAUUGCAAUUUCGGAAGCAAGAUCUUUCUGGCAUUGGAGAGCGAUGCGAUGAUGAGUAGAUUUCUUAAUGUGUAUGAUAAAUUAAAUGAAGCUUUAGAUGGAUUGAAGUAUCAAGAACUUGGGAUCUCUGAAGAAGUUCAAGAACAAAUCGAGCUACUACGAAAGCAACUUCAAGGAGCAAAAAGGAGAACGGAUACAUUAGACAUAGAACUCGCCAUGGACAUGAUGGUAAUUUUCUCAAAAAAUGACGAAAGAAAUGCGGAUAUUGCAAUAUUAGAAAGACUAGCAAAAAGACUAGAUUUAUAUUCAAUUAGCGACUUGGAAAUCGAAACAGUUGCAGUUAAAAAGCUUGUGAAGGAACGAGGUCCCACAAAGCACGUAGAAAGCACCGAACAAAUUGUCGAUCUUUUGAAAAAAUUCAAAAAAGUUGCAGGUUUAGACGACAUUAAUGGUGGAAAUAAAGCUUUUGAUGAUUCUUCAUCAUUAAGCUGCUUUGACAGGUGUCGAUCUAUGCUUAUCCCACAUGAAUUUCUUUGCCCGAUAUCUCUUGAGAUCAUGACAGAUCCUGUUAUCAUUGCGACUGGACAGACAUACGAAAGAGAAAGCAUCCAAAAAUGGUUGAACACUCAUAGAACAUGUCCAAAAACCGGUGAGAUAUUGACUCACUUAGCACUCGCUCCCAAUUUUGCACUUCGCAAUCUGAUUCUUCAAUGGUGUGAGAAGAACAACUUCGAGUUACCAAAAAAGGAAAGCUUCUCAAUUUCAGAAAACCAAAACGCAUUCAUGGACGAGCUUUCUUCACUGAUUCAAAACCUAUCAUCGAGUCAACUCGCUACACAAACUCAAGCUGUUGAAAAGAUCCGAAUGCUCUCAAAAGAAAACCCAGAAAACCGAAUCUUGAUUGCGAAUUCUGGAGCAAUCCCGCCUUUGGUCAAACUUUUAUACUCCCGAAAUCAUAAAGUCAAAGAACAUUCAGUCACUUCGUUGUUGAAUCUAUCACUCGAUGAAUCAAAUAAAAGAUUGAUAGCACGUGAAGGUGCGAUUCCUGCUGUGAUUGAAGUUCUUCAAAAUGGAACAGAUGAAGCGAGAGAAAACUCCGCUGCAACUUUAUUUAGUCUUUCGAUGUUGAAUGAAAACAAGGUGAUGAUUGGUUCUUUAAAAGGGAUUCCACCAUUGGUCAAACUUCUACAAAACGGGUCAAUUCGAGGGAAAAAAGAUGCUGCAACUGCGUUGUUUAAUCUCUCAUUGAAUCAAUCGAACAAGACUAGAGCUAUAAAAGCUGGAAUUAUCGAACCAUUGCCCGAAGGGGUGACCGGGCUCGGGCAGCUGCCCGUGAUCAAGAUGCUUGUAGGGUUUGUCAAAGAUGGGACACCGAAGAACAAGGAGUGUGCAACUGCUGUUCUUCUUGAACUUGGGAUGAAUAAAUCGUGUUUGAUUUUGGCUGCACUUCAAUAUGAUGUUUAUGAUGAUUUGGUGGAGUUGAGUAAAUCGGGAACGAGUAGAGCUCAAAGGAAAGCUAAUGCACUUUUGCAACAAAUAAGCAAAUGUGAGCAUAUUAUGUGA